CCACCGUCGAUCUGCUGGCGUGCGAUCGCUGCGAGUUGCGACGCCGAUCCUCGCGAGCUCGUCCGCUCGUUCCGUCCACAUAUAUACAUCAUCCGUGAUCGUCUGCGCUCGCGUGUUUGCGGGAGUUUGUGUUUGCGUUUGUGUGCGUUCGAUCGCCAUCAUGUCAUCCGAGCGAUUUCAUUAUUUUGUAUCCACGUCGUAGUCGAUCCAGUGGAUGUCGGUUACCAGCUAUCGGUUAUUAGACAUUAAUAAGUAACCAGAAACCAAGUAUAAUAUCUGCACAUCGAUAUUGUUGCCGCCGGACUAUUAUAGUGGACUUCACACACCAACACAAUAUAACGCUUCGUAAAUCACUAAGCGAGUGUCGUCGUCGUCAUUGGCGUAAUCAUGACAAUAUACGUGCCGAAACUCAAAUCGUUCAAAACGCUGCGCUGCGCGGUGACGGUGGAGCCUAUGCUGUUCUUGUACUUCGUGGCCAACGUACUGUCAAACAACGUGGGCACGAACAUGCUGUUGCAUAAAGGAUGCAACCCGAACGCGACCAUGGCACCGGACCUGCACGUGUUGCCGGACUGUCUUCUGGAGAACAGCGCGCAGCACGGCGUCUCGUCCAUCAACGUGUGGAAACACAUGAUCCAAGAACUGCUGUCGCUGGUGUUCAUCAUGUUCGCGGGCCCGUGGAGCGACCGGCACGGCCGCCGUCGCCGGCCGCUGAUGUUCGUGCCGGUGAUCGGACAGAUGACCUGCGACGCGUUCAACCUACUGUCCGCCGUGUUCUGGAACCAGCUGUCGCCCACUGUCACCGGUAUUACGCAGUCGCUAAUCCUGUCCGUCACCGGGUCGCAGCACUGCUUCUUCAUCGGCAUGUUCGCGUACCUAGCUGACAUCACCAACAUGUCCAACCGGACCAUGCGCAUCGGGUUCGCGUCAGCCGUCCUGCCGCUGGCCGCCACCUUGGGCGCGCUGUCAGGUGGUUAUCUGAACGUAAGACUAGGGUUCGCCACCGUGUUUGCCUUGAACGUGGGCCUAAACGCGAUCGCCCUGUGCUUGGGCCUGCUGUUCAUUUACGACACGUCCGAACCGUACAAGGUGACUGGUUCACUGUACAGGAACACGUUUGACCCAAAUAUCGUCGUCCAGAGCUGCAAGACCGUAUUCGUCAAGCGUGACAACCACAAGCGCUUUGUACUCUUGCUUAUGAUCGUCGCCUCGCCGUUGACCGGCGCUCCUUUUGUGGGUGAAAUAGGUCUAAUGUACUUGUAUUUGAGAAAACAGUUUGGCUUCAAAGAAAUUAAUUUUAGUUUAUUCAGUGCGUACACAAUGGGAAUUAUGCUAUUUGGAUCAUUAUUUUCUCUUGGAAUUUUAAGUCGAUUCCUUAAAAUGAACGAUGCAAUGAUCGGUCUGAUUGCUACUUUCUUCGAUAUUGCAACUGCUGUCGGAUUCCUACUAGUGACUAAACUGCAAUAUUUAUUAUUUGUACCUCCGUUAGAACUGUUUCGUGGUGCGGCAUUAGCUCUCUGUGGUGCCAUAGCUUCGAAAUGCGUGGAAUCUCAUGAACUAGGAUCUAUGAAUGCUGUGAGAAUGGCCAUGGACAAUUUAUCGAAAAGUGCAAUCUUACCAUUGUAUAAUGUAGUGUACAACAGAACGCUGGAAUCUAUGCCUAGUGCCUUUUUCAUCAUCAGCAUAUGUUUAACCGUUCCGUUAAUCGGAUGUUUUGCAAUUACUUAUUACUUGACUCGAAAUCAGGUGUCAGCAGUUAAACCAAUCCAGAAAAAUAAUUUGGAAGAUACAUCAAAUGAUCUCAACGCUAAUACUACUACUAAUACCAAUGAGAUGAAAUCCGACAAUGUUGAAGGACUUGUACAUAUGUAAAUCAUUUAUUUCAUGUAUAUGAGUAUUGAGACGUACCUAUAACAUAAAAACAUCCUAAGUUGUUUAACCACACAUGGUAAAAAAUUUGUAACAAGCAUACAUUUCUUAAAUAUUUGCAUUGUAUUAAAAAAAUUAAUAUCAAAUGUGAAUAUAACAUUGAACAGACAUUAUAUAAAUAAUUUUGUCCAAUGAUGUUUAAACUAUUUUUAAUGAACUGUAUUUACUAUACCUAUAUACUAUUAAUGUUGUAUUUAUUUUUUGUAUUUGUAUAGCUGCAGGCAUACUUAUAAAUAUGUGUAAAUUAUUACCUACUGUCUUAU